CGUCUGUGAUUUCAAACCACCUGAAAAAUGUAUUGCAUUAUCAAAAGAAUUUGCCUCUAUUUCACACAUCUGUUUCAAUUGACUCCCAUUAAUUUCACAGUAAUAUAAACCGGGGAGGGCCAUGUGGACGACUUAAUUGGACUUUAUUUUGAAGUAAUGUUGCUUAAUUUGCAAGCCAAGAAUGGAAAUGAGUCAGCCAAUGCCUAAAGAAAUGUACGGCUGUUCAAAGUGCAACAGGAGCUAUGCUGAGUCUUCCAAACUUGCACACCAUAUGGGGAUACAUGCUGUUGAAGAGCUGUCCAAGUCUACCCAAUGCAAAGUGAGUUGCACAACAUCUCAAGAGCUUGAAGUCCAAGAAAGCACCCACUCUGGCCUGAAACCCAUAAAAUGUCCUCAAUGCAGCAAAAGUUUCACACCAUCAGAUGAAACCAACUGUGAAAGCCAUGAAAAAAGUCACACAGGUGCAAGAUGUUACACAUGCCCUCAUUGCAGUGAGAAAUUGUAUACUGGAACAGCAAGAGAAGUGCAUGAAAAGAACUACAAUGCAGAGAAGCCUCUUGAAUGCUCUUAUUGUGAUAUGAGAUUUCGAUAUACAUCACAACGAGACAUACAUGAGAGAGUUCAUACAGGUGACAAGCCAUUUAAAUGCACUCAGUGUGAGAAGACAUUUUCCAUGUUAUUCACUCUUAAAAACCAUGUACGAAUCCAUACUGGUGAGAAACCUUACCACUGUCUUCAAUGUGAUGCAAAUUUUACAGGUAAAACAAGCCUUACACAGCACAUGAGAAUACAUUCUGGAGUCUAUCCCUACAAUUGCCCCUACAAUAAUUGUGGGAAGAAAUUUAGAACAGCUGCCUCUCUGAAAAGGCACGUUGUGAUACAUACAGGAGAGAGGCCUUAUCAAUGUUCCGAAUGUGAAAAAAGAUUUACUUGUAACGAAGCGUGACUUGAACAGACAUCUUGCAGUGAUUCACAGUCCAA